UCGGUUGAGUGUAUAUUGCAAAAGGUGUUUCCCCUCCUCCCUUCCUAUUGCUACCGCCAGUGUUGGAACCGCUGUAAAAGAAAAGGAGGUGGAUGCGCUAGGCCGGACUAACCUAUCCAUCCGUCCGUCUUUUCUUCCUCCUGCCAGGGGCCUUGCGCUGAGCUGGGGCUCGGUGAGGAGGGGGCAUGGCUGCUUCGCCUAGGGCCCGGCAGGCCGCCUGGGGAGCAGCCACGGGCCAUCAAGUGGAAGGUGGUCGGUUGUAAGACUUCUCUUCCUUUUCCUGCCCCGUUUAUGUAGGCCCUUUCCAUUUCAGCCUCGCCUCUACUAUGUUGCAUUUUCAGCAUCUUUUCUGAUAGCUGUUGCAAAUGAAAAUGGAGGAAAUGACUUUGUCGGGCCUGGAUAACAGCAAGUUAGAGGCUUUGGCUCAUGAUAUUUAUACUGACUUGAUUGAGGAUGCUUGCCUGGGCUUGUGCUUUGAGGUACACCGUGCUGUCAAAUGUGGAUAUUUCUUUCUGGAUGAUACAGAUCCUGAUAGUAUGAAGGACUUUGAAAUUGUAGAUCAACCAGGGCUGGAUAUUUUUGGCCAGGUAUAUAACCAGUGGAAGACUAAGGAGUGUGUGUGCCCAAACUGUAGCCGAAGCAUUGCUGCCUCCCGCUUCGCCCCACACUUGGAGAAGUGCCUUGGUAUGGGUCGGAACAGCAGCCGCAUUGCCAAUAGGAGGAUAGCAAGUAGUAAUAACAUGAAUAAAUCUGAGAGUGAUCAAGAGGACAAUGAUGACAUAAAUGAUAAUGACUGGUCAUAUGGAUCUGAGAAGAAAGCAAAGAAGAGGAAAUCGGAUAAGAAUCCCAAUUCUCCCCGAAGAUCCAAGUCCAUGAAACAUAAAAAUGGGGAGCUGAGUGGUAGCUCGGACCCAUUUAAGUAUAACAAUUCUGCUGGAAUCAACUAUGAAACUCUGGGCCCUGAGGAGCUCCGUAGUUUGCUAACUACACAAUGCGGCGUGAUCUCUGAACAUACCAAGAAGAUGUGUACACGGUCUCUUCGCUGCCCCCAGCACACUGAUGAACAGCGGAGGUCAGUCAGGAUCUACCUCCUAGGAUCUUCUGCCUCACUUCCUGAAACGGAAAGCAGCGUGGAAAAUGAUAGCUUUGAUGUGGCAGAGAGUCAAGCUCUCAUGAGUCGGCUUCAGUGGGAUGGUUCUUCAGAUAUCUCUCCCUCUGAUUCAGCUUCAUCAAAAGCAAGUACAAACAACUCUGAAUCUCGAAAAACCAAAAAGAAGAAACCACACAUGAGCCUGGUAGGAGGUGCUCCAGGAAUGAGCUCCAGUAAAAAGAAACUAAAGUCUAAACCACUUGCCCCUCCUACUCCCAGCCUCUAUGAUGACAUAAAUUGAGUAAUGCUGGACUGAGAAAAACAAGGAGGGCCUCGAGAAUCUGUUCUGGUUUCUUUCUGACCCAGAUCAGGAGACAUAUUUGGCUGGUAUCCUCUCAAGUUGUCCCUUGUGGACACCCUUUACAAUAAUUAACUGUGAAGAUAGAUGGCUGCAUCCACUGCCCUCCUCUUAAGCCUCCUACACACAUGGCAUAGCCCUAUGCCCACCAGAUAUAUAAUGAAAGACUAGGACUGCUUUGGGGAGAGUAAGCUCCCACCACUUUGGGAAAAAAGGGAUCGUGGUGAUUUGAGGAGGGCCCUUAAAAGUGGAUAGCACCUCCAUCAAUCAGGAAGGAAUUGGUCUCUCUCCUUCUUUCCGUUUCAAUUUCUAUUUAUUGUGAUGUUAGUGGUUGUUCAAUCAUGACUAUAUAUAUGGUGGCAUCAUAUUUGCUUAGCAAUGCUAGAGACUGAAUUGGCAGGGCUGUGAGGCAUCUAUGCGUAUAAACCUGCCUGUGCUCUUUUGUUGAUUUCAAAGGGUAUGGCAGAAAGGAGAGGAAUCAGUGCCUACCCUUUUGUCUUAAGUGUCUACUCCAGUGGCCUCUUUGUUGUCAAGAGAAGUGGCACAAGAUUAUAGAUCAACCUCUUCCUCUCUGAGGUUUUUGCCUUGUUCAGCUAUCCUAACAUGCUGAGAUGGGAAGAGAGGGUUGAACAGAUGUUGCUGUUGCCACUAUUGUUUCCUUUCCUAACACUAUCUGCUUCUUCACCAGUAGCAUCCCUAAAAUCUUGUACAAACAACAUUAAGAAUCUCGGGCUGCAGUCUUCCCGAUAUAUAGAUAUCAGGAAGCUGGUGAAACUUUCUUACUUGUGCUUGGAUACAAAUCUCUAUUAAUCCAAUCUUGAUGAGCCAAUACUCCAAGACAUGCAUUACUUUAUACACAUAAGUUAAUACACAUUUUAAAAUAUCCCUGGCAAUUGGCUGUAAAUCUGAGUUACUGAAUUUUGAAACAGCUCUAUUUAACAUCUCAUUGAACCCAAGCAGGGAGAUUGUGUUCUGACCUGCUAGCUAUGAUUAAUUUCUCUUUAACUUAGUAUGUUUAAAAUACCAAAACUGUGCUGGAGUAUUAGGGGCAAAAUCAAGAAAGUGAUAAUGGGAUGGAGAAUAUAUGCUUUUUUUUUUAGAUUAAUAGUUUUACUAUUUUCCCCUUCACCCUCUCCCAUCCCCCAAAAUAUAAUUUUCCCUCCACUUCAUUCCUACUCUGUUUAGUCUUUUUUCCGACAACUGCUGUUUUAAAUCUAGUGCCAUAAAUCAUGAUGGUCUGAUGAUUGUAUAGAUAGAUGCUAGAAAUUGUAAUACUACUUCUAGGGAAUAUUGCCUCUGCUUUUUGCCUCCGCUUCCUGAAUCUUUACAAUGUGUACAACAACUACAUAAAAGUCAUGUAACCAUUUCAAAAUGUGUGCCCUCUUUUAUUCUAAAAGUGUGCACAUGAAAAAGAUCAUUUGUUGUACCUACCCAUAAGUCUAAUUUACUGAAGCUUAGCUGUUUUCUUCCUAAUGUGAGAAUGUUUGUAGCUAAUUUCUACAGUAGUAGAGGAUCCAAAUUACUAAUAACAAUUGCUUGAGGCUGUUGCCUGGAUUGAGGUGGCUGACAAUUUUCUUUUGCUUCACUUUUCUCUCUUUGUUCCUAGCAACUAAAAAAGGUCCUUGCUCAAAAGAUGGCGGAGAGAAACUCCAUGUUUUCCACUGUUAAAAUCUAUAGCUCAGUUACAUCAGGGAACACGCUCUAAAAAAUCCCCACCAACUGUCCUGAAGUGAAAAGCUUUUAGCACAUGCAGUACUGUUUACAGGAAGAUUCUCUAAAGGACUGCCAAGUUCUUCUUUCCUCCCUAGAGUUCCACAUACUUUUCUGGUGCUGUUACAUGCAGGGGCAAAUUCUGCUUAGUGCAUGUGUUAAGGCAUAGAUGCUAGAUCAGUUGCUGCUUCUAUUUUUGACUGGAGGAUAUAUGAAUGUCCCAAAUUGCUUCAAGUGUGGAAAUAGCAGACAUAGAAGAAUUACUGAGGUUGAUCUUCUUUACUUGUCAUUAUAUAUUUGGGCAAAAGCUAUGUUGGAUAGAGCAUUCUGGGACCAAGAUGGACCUUCCUGAAAGAUCUUGCUGGACAGUGGUAGAAAACCUAGUUUUGUGGCGCUCUGUGUUAAACAAGGAAAACCUGUUUGCAGGAAUCUUGAUCUUUUUCCUUCAUCUGAUCACAAUCUACAAAGCAUUACUCCUGUAUUGUCUAGACCGGGGGUCCCCAAUCCAUGGCAUGCCAGCAACUGAACCAUGCAAACAAGCGAAGUUCCAUCAGCGGGAUUCAGGCAGCAUGCAAAUCCAUGCUCCCUCUAGUCCGCGGAAAAAUCUUUCUCCAUUGAACUAGUCCUUGAUGCCCAAAAGUUUGGAGGCCACUUGCCUAGAUUUCAUAUUUAGCAAAUGCUUUUAAAUACAUGACUCAGUAUUCUAUGAGAGAUGUGCAAGUAUGGAUCAGACAAUUGCCUCACACCUCCUUGUAAUGUAGCUAUUUGAUGUGAAUUGAAUUUUUCCAAGGGAGGUGGGAAAGCGGGAAGCUUGCUGCUGUUCACUGCCUGAUAACAAGUAGCUACUUAAAUUAUGUAUCAUCAAAAUGCUGGCUACCUUUAUACUAUUGCAGCAAUAUAAAGAUAGCCAGUGUGAAAGAAGAGUAAGAGUAGAUCCUUGUUUGUUUCCCAUGACUGUAACUCAAGCUUUUGGGAUCAUGUUUCAGGCAACUUUGGAAGUAUAAACUUCGGGAACUUUUGAACAUUAUUAAUUUAGCAAGAGGGAGGACAGAGGUCAUUUUAUAUAUGGCUCUACACCUGUACCUGCACCCAUUAUUUUUUAAGGUAGGCCUGUUUCACUUGAAGAAAAAAAAAACUGUAUUCUAUCAUGAAUGGAUUGAGAGUUUUUUAAUUUGUUGAUGAUGUAUAAACUGCACCUAUGUGAUAUUUUUGAACAUGUGCAGAAAUCACUGAAGAAAGUACUGUACUGUGGUCUCUGAUUUUUUAAAAAAUGUUUUAUCUCUAUAAUCUCAGCCUGUACAGGUAGCUAGAUAUUAAAAAAAACCCUGUCAAAUCUGUAUUUUUUUUUCUUCCCAUUCAUGGAUUGUGAAAUGCUUGUGUAAAUAAACUGUAACUCUGCUUGG